AUAUAUACAACAAAAGAAGGUUCAUUUCUUCGCAACGUCUCUAUAAACAACUCGACCUGCAUUGCAGGGAGGGCAAAUUAAUAACUACGUGCACCAUCGUUCGUUGACAAACAGAGCGAAGCCAUAUUUUUCGUGGAACAUUCUCCUCCAUAGAAUGACGGAAGAGGUAGUCAUGAACUCAACCAACACCAACAUGAACAUUGACAACAAUAAUAAAUCUCCGGUUGACAACAGUAUUGUCAAACAGAAGAAAAAACAGGGUGCUUUUGGCUUCCUUAGAGCUGCAUCACUCAAGCUUCGUCGUCGUUCCCUUGAUCUAAAGCAACAGAAAUUUACUCCGGAACCCGCUCCCCCUGCUGAUUCAAAGGGAGAAAAUUGGAAAAAACUGGUAGGGUCCAUGAGGCCUUUACAUCUCCAAGACAACCAAUCACCACCGAGUCCUCAUGACCCGCAACCACCACCACCGGUGAAAUCUACAUCACUACCUGUAGAAUUCAGUGAACAUUUUUCGUCGUUGUACUCUCCAACCCCAUCAACGUCCUCCAUUGGCACCAUGAGUCAAUAUGCUUCAGCAAAUAAUCUACAAGAUCUCUACGACGACGAUGAGGAGGAGGAGGAAGAUCCUGAUCAGGUAUUUGAUGCAAUUGGAGGAGAUGACAUGAUUGAUGCAAAGGCAGAGAAUUUCAUUGCUCAAUUUUACGAACAAAUGAGGCUUCAAAAGUGAUUCAGGCAAUUAAUCAAACACAUAGAAGGCAUGAACGGAACCUAAU